AUAUGUCAUCACUUUUAUUACUAAAAUAGGAAUUAUAUUUUUAUUUAAGCAUUUUAUUCACAAUGAUCCUUAGUCUUUAUUUUAAAUUAUCACACAAUAUAAGUGCACCAAACAGAUAUUUGAAAAUCAUUCAGGAUAUCAUAAGGUCAUAAAAAUAGCGAUCUGCACAUCUGCACUCGUAUAAUAAGUAGCUAAUAUUAAUUUAUGAGCUCAAUUCCAACAUAAAUGUGACUAGUCUUUUAAAGAAUUACUGUUAAUUAUCACUGUAAGUAAUAAUGAAAUAAACAUUAUUUAUUAUGUAUGACAUUUAUGAACUUGAAAAUCGAAACAUGAAGGGAACCCUUCGCGAUUGGCGCAAAGCGCUUCGCACUCCAGCCACGUACAGAGUAGGAAAUACUGUACGGAUACAGCCCCAAUUUGUGCUAUUAAUAAUAUUAGUUGGACUGUUUUUAUUAAUAUUAUUUUAUUAUAACUGGUGGGCUAGCUCGCAAGUGUAUGUUCCACAUAAAUGGGUAAACACUAACCGACCAUACAAUAAUACAUAUCCACUCUCAACACCAAAGAUAUCUGGUGAUGUAGUCACAUUCAGAAUUGGUAUUGUAAGUGAUUUAGACACCAAUUCUAAGAGUGCAACAAAACCUUAUACAUUUAAUAGCUAUCUAAAGAAAGGCUUUUUGAGUUACAAUCAUGUAAAAGGGUAUGCUACUGUAUCUUGGGACUCGCAACCUGCUAUGUUACUCUCAUCUACAUAUUCUCAUAAAGGAAGAGGAAUGGAGUUAUCAGAAUUGAUUGUGUUUGAUGGAAGAUUGCUUACAUUUGACGAUAGAUCUGGUAUGGUGUUUGAAAUAAUAAAUAAUAAAAUUGUGCCAUGGGUGAUAUUGGUGGAUGGAAAUGGUCAAGUUGAAAAAGGUUUUAAGUCGGAAUGGGCAACUGUGAAAGAUGAAAUUCUAUAUGUGGGAUCUAUGGGUAAAGAAUGGACAACAGCAGGAGGGGACUUCCAGAGUUAUGACCCCAUGUGGGUUAAAGCCAUUAACAUGAAUGGGGAGGUGCAGCAUCUAAGUUGGGUGAAUCAAUACAAGGCCUUAAGAAGCUCUGUGGGUAUUGAAUGGCCUGGUUACAUGAUUCACGAGUCUGGUGUAUGGUCCACAAUUACACAGAAAUGGCAUUUCUUGCCUAGAAGGUGUAGUCAUGAGUCCUACAAUGAGACAAGAGAUGAAGUGAUGGGUUGCAAUUAUUUAAUAAAAGCUGAUAGUAAUUUUAACAAUAUACUAGCCAUUGAAAUAACAAAACAUCAACCCAAGCAUGGCUUCUCAUCAUUCAAAUUUAUUCCUGGAUCAAAUGAUGAAGCAAUAGUUGCUUUGAAAACCACAGAGUAUGAAGGGAAAACAGCUACAUACAUUACUGCAUUUAAGACUGAUGGGACUAUUCUACUACAUGACAAAUUAGUUGAACCCAUUAAAUAUGAAGGAAUAGAGUUUAUAUGAAUGUGAUAAAAAAAUCAAUUAUCUAAAAACAAAUCUAAACUUACUGUAAAUA